CCUUCCCCUCCGCGUUGUCCCCGCAGCCCCCAUGGGCGGCCGCGGGCUCCUGGUGCUGCCGCUGCUGCUGGCGCUGGGGAGCGCGGAGCACGGGGGGUACCUGCGGCGCCUCUUCGGGCACUACGGGGGGGCCAACGGGACGCUGCCGUCCGAGGGCCUGGCGCGGCUGCUCGGGAGCCUGGGGCUGGGCCGGGUGCGGGUGGUUCGCAUCCAGCACGAGGAGCUGGGCCACGGCCACGUCAGCCACCUCGACCUGCUCGAGGUGCAGGAGGAGCGGCACCGCCACCGCCACCCGCUAUGGGAGCACGGCGGGGACCCGGCCCCCGGCACACCCCGCGCUCUGCCCCGCAGCCCCCGACCCACGCGGGCUCAGAGCACCCUGAAGCCGGGACCCACCGAGAGCCGUGGGGCCCCCCCGGUGCCGGGGCUGAGCCUGCUCGGGAGGGUCCUGGGCUUGGAGCCCUCCGGCGCUGAGCACCUGAACCACGACUGCCUCAACGUGAGCCAGCUCCUGGUGAGCGUGGGGCUGGAGGCGGCGGCGCAGCUCACCCCGGAGCAGUUCUCGCUGCUCUGCCCGGCCCUGCUCUACCAGAUCGACAGCAGGGUCUGCAUCCAGCACAGCGACGACGUGGAGCUGCCCCCCCCCGGGGGGGGCCCGUGGGCAGCGCUGGGCUGGGGGCUCUUGGCCGUCGCCUUCAUCAGCCUCCCGUCGGCGGGGGCCGUGGCUCUCGUCCCGCUCCUGAGCCGCAGCUUCUUCCGCUCGCUCCUCGCCUUCCUGGUGGCCUUGGCCGUGGGGACGCUCUGCGGGGACGCCCUGCUCCACCUCUGGCCCCACGCGCAGGGGCAGCACCCGGAGGCGGCGGAGGCGGCUCCGGGACCCGCGGUGCUGCAGGGGCUGGCGGUGCUGGGCGGAAUUUACCUCCUCUUCCUGCUCGAGCUGCUCCUGGGGAUGCUGCGCCGGAGCCGCGAGGCCGCGGGACCGACCCCGGAUGCAGGCGCUGGGGUCCUGGCGCCGUUAAGAGGAGGGGCUGAGCCGCGGCCGGCGGCCCCGGAGGCGGAGCUGGAGCUGAUGCCCCGCGGGGCCCCCCCCCACCACGGACACUCCCACGGCCCCGCGCUGCCCCCCGGCCCCGCGGCCGCAGACGUGGUGUGGAUGGUGGUGCUGGGCGACGGGGUCCACAACCUGACCGACGGGCUGGCCAUCGGUGCCGCCUUCUCGCACAGCAUCCCCAGCGGGCUCAGCACCGCCCUGGCCGUGCUCUGCCACGAGCUGCCCCACGAGCUCGGCGACCUGGCCGUGCUGCUGCAGGCGGGCACGUCCCCGCGCAGCCUCCUGCUCCUCAACCUGCUCUCGGCUCUGCUCUCCUGCCUGGGGGCGGCGGCGGGGGCCGCCGUGGGGCAGAGCGCGGCUCAUCUCACCCCAUGGAUCCUCACCCUCACCGCGGGCGUCUUCCUCUACGUGGCUUUGGCCGAUAUGCUCCCCGAGGCUCUGCGCCGCUCCGAGGACCCCGAUGCGGGCUCGUGGGGCCGCUUCCUCCUGCAGAACGCGGGGUUCCUGCUGGGCAGCGGCACCAUGAUGGGCAUCGCCUUGGCCGAGGGCCACGUCCGCGCCUGGCUGCAGCCCUGAGCGGCCC